AUGGAACUUCCGGGGCAGUUCGUCUCUCGGCCUCUCAACCUUUGCGAUUCAGUCAAUUCAAUAGACAGAACUCAAAAAUUCCGUCCUCUUAUUGUUUUGAAUCAAACAGGGCGUCCUGGUGAUGAGAUUAACGAAGAUAUUUGCCCACAAAACGAAGGCUUUGAUAAGGAUUGUGAAGAACGUUGCCAACAAGAAUAUCCUCAUCGAUUGUCCAGUGGCUGUUUUCUAAGAAGCACAGGCACACUACUAUCAUUUUUCGGAAUCAAAUCGUUCAUUUGUAAAUGUCGUGUACCCGAACAAUUCUGCAUACCCGGAAGCACGAAUCUGCCAAAUCUUCGGCGAUCGUUUUCCAUUCAAGACCUCGCUGGCCAUUCAACGUUGGUACCAUUGAUGGCAAAUGCUGUCUGUGCAAAGCCAACGGUUGCUUCGUUUUCGUGUCGCGAUGAAUUCGGCCAAUAUGCAUGUGCAUGGCAACGAUCGUACGGUGGUGAUUGGUACGUAGCCGAACCACAUUCACCGAUGCCAUUCGCUCCUGGUGAAGCACCGAUUCGCCGGUAUCUUGUAGGUGUGGCGAAAGGUGGCCAUGGAGUAUUACAACUCGACACUUGUCCAGAGCUGUGUUCAAUGGAUUCGGUAAACGUGACGGCGAAGAUAUGGAGAGGGCCAUAUGUGGGCGCUGAGCUCUGUUUCAGGCUACUGCGUAAACUUGAUGAGAAACGAGGGACAUCUCCAGAGCACCAGAGGUCACCAUUCCGAUGUAGUCAAAGCUUUACGAUCGGUACCGAGCCGAAACUACCUUACCGAGCGAUGCACUGCUACGCUAUUCUCUAUCCUAUAGAUCUGCCAAUUCUGGCUCACUAUUCAGUUCAUGCUGUACCUAAAGGCAGAGUCACUCGAACUGUCCAGUACACUGAUGAUUCUUUCCCAGUACUCUACAGAAACAGUAAAUCUACCACUGCAGAGAUUUCCGUUAAAUUCACGAACGUGUCCGAUGGCGAUGUGGUACUGGUCGACGAUCUUUCUGCAAAAUUCACUGAGUGCCCAGUUUCAACCGCUCCCAAGGACCUCUCGUCCGAUAAUCUACAGCAUAUAUCGAAAGAUACACCAAAAUCGGUCGAGGUGAAUGCACAACGAUCGUGCAUCGCUCGGUUCCGUUACCGUAUGAUCAGAUCUGUAUCGGACGACUCGGAUUACUACAAUGUCGCCAAAAAUGUUAUAACGAUGGGACCGAUGGUUCGCAAAGCUAGAAAACAACACAAUUCAGCUCUGGACGAUGUCAAGCUGCCGGUGACCAGAUCACGUGCAGAUGUUCGUAUUGUCUUACAAGUUUAUGUGAUUUCGAGAAGGAUCACGAGUGCGGGUGGAUGGAUCGAUAUGCACACUGUUGACAAGAACUACGGUAAUUUCAGUAUAGCGUCAAAGCAAAACCAAACUAAUCGCUACGGAAUAUCGCAAUUGGAUGGUGGCGGUUAUUCUGGUCUCUUCCGGCGAGGCCCAUUUAGAGGUCCAAUAGCAUUGUCUUUGGAUGUUUACCCUACUGAAGGUAUCGAUGUACGAAUCUGUGUUGAGGAUAUCCAACGAUGCCAAAUACAAAAGGUUGAACCCAAAGCUUGGAACCGGGUUAGGGCGAGGAUAAGGGUCAAGCAAGUCGACAGGAUAUUCCUCCUUUUCUACAACUCAGCCAAUGAAAGUCGAACGAUGGCCAUGGACAAUGUAUCGCUGAAAAGCGGAAAAUGUGCUAAUGUCUAG